CAGACUCUCUCAUCUAUAAAACAUGGCCGUUAUUGUGCAGCAUUAAAACCACGCCUUCCAGAGAACGCCAACAAAAUCAAAGUCCAAGGCACCCUGGCUCAAAGACAGCAAACCCUGGAUGCAAUCCAGAUCUUCAUCCUGACUGAGCCGGGAUAUUUCGCCCAGCUCCCCAUAAGAUUUUUCAGUUCCAUCAUCUGCAUCCUCUGAAGUAGUAUUGGGGUUGGGAUUAAGAAGUCGGCCUUGAUAGCCCCGCUGCGUCUUGUUAGAGCCCGUUACUUGUCGAUUGCUAGUAUUCUGGAUUUGGUUGGGUUUCUGGAGUACUCCACGGCGGGCCUUCUGUUUGUUAGAAGGCGCCCGCCUUGCUGCGGACAUUUGAGUGCCCGGAAUCCAAUUUUCUUUAUCUGAGUCGCCUGUGUGAAGACAUUGCCCGUGACAGCUUUUUACGCUUCCCUUCAGGUUCUUCGGUGAGCGGCAAGGUGUUGGGGAGAUUGGUUCGUGGCAUCAAGGCCUUGCGCCCAUGACCUAAGUCGGAUUUUCGGCGACUUAGUUUCACACUUCGAGACGUGGAUGACAAAAGACUGCUUUUUGACCCCUGCAACGCAGUUCGAGCAUCGGUAUCACAAUAAAGUUCCCAGUUACGGGAGUCACGAGAUCUACCAAAUGGCUUAGGAUCUUGUUGUUCCUUUAUCCCCUUCAGCGCGCCGAGGGGAAAAGCGCUGAUGCUCCUUCGCAGUCCUCCAAAAGCAGGUCGGGUAUUGUGGAAUAGAGACGUGCGGUUCUUUAUAGGGGAUUCUUCAUUCGCAGCUCUAAUUAGAGCCUCACCAUCCGCAGACAUGGAAAUUCGAAUGGAGUCCAAUGGUUUUUGUGGCGACGGGGUGUUUUCCCCUUCCUUGCGAACCACUGCCUCCCCGUCGAAAGACAAUGAUAUGCGCAGGGGAGGGGGUAUAAAUGUGCUUGAAGUCGGCGGGCUGUAUUUGUUUGUGUUUGGAGCCUCAGGCUCAGACCUGGACCGUUUCCUGCUGAUCGACUCGAUGUGGAGUUUUUCGUUUAUCAGUGUUGCACUGCCUUCUUUGCUCCCACCUGUUGACUCUUUCUGUUUGCCAACCUCGACAUGUGUUUCUUCGUGCUGAGAUAAAACGGUUGUCUGUGAAUUGCUCGUUUGAGAACUAAAGGCUGCCCCAUACAAAUCCGCCAUUGGCGACCUAUAUGAGCUACCUGGCGAUAUACAUAUGUACUCGCGUCUCGCGUCAGUGCUGAUUUGACCACCAGUUCCCUGACCAGCCUUGGGCAACUGAGAGGACUGGCUCUUAGGGUUCGUGGGAUUGUCGCCAUUGGACGUGUCCUGAUCUGAACCGGAGGAUUUGGGCGCUCUGAGAUCUUCUUGAUUGAGUGGUUUGGAUCUCCGUCGGUCAUUUUGCCGUCGAUUUUGGAACCAGAUCUUCAUCAAAGGAACGCGUUAGACCUCUGGUCUCCCGAGAAACAUAAUACGUCCUCGAACCAUACCUGAACCUCUUUCUCGCCCAGUGAAACGCUGUUGACGAUCUCAGCCCUCGUUGCCCUGUCUGGUUUUGGAUUCCGUUGAUAUUCCGCUUCGAGAAUCUUUUGGUCAUCAGGACUACAACGUGAAAUUAGCAUCUGAAUUGGCAAAGACCACACAAGUUGGAGACGAGAUGGGAACGGGCUAUAUAUAGAGCCCUCAAGUAUCACGUAGAAAGCUUGGGUAUAUAGGGACGGAAAUACCUUGUCCUUCGACGCUUCUGCCGCGCCAGGGCCUUGUUAUCUACUUUGGGAGGUAGAUUUUGUGUUAAAGACUUCUGGGAAUGGACGAGGAAUGCGUAAUUGUUAUUCGUGGAGUCUCCCGCCGGCGGCCCCGUAGAAGGAUUUACGCCAGCCGGUGAUGGCUGCGCGGGAUCGCUCAUCUUGGUGGGAGAGGAUAGGGCACAAUUGAUCACCCGUUGAAUAUCUUUGCACAGGAAUUGUGUCUCCGCGUGCAGAAAUUUGACGUGAUAAAUGCACGCUACGAGGAGAGAAGCGGAGGAGGAGAGGAGAGCGGAGACGACGAGAAGUGGUAGGUAUGGUGCAGGGCGCAGGUGGUUCUGAUAUUGCUCGCGUCGCGCUGUGGACGCGGAGGGUGCACGGGCGUCAUCCAGGUUGCAGCGGGUUGUUUCGCCGGACUGGUUGGGUUGGCGUCGCUUAAAUCGCUGUAAAUAACUAGCGGGGGAGGAUAUCAACCGUCAAAAAAUAAGAAACCUAUUAUUCAUCUUCUCCAGCCUCUCUUUUGUCUUCUUCCAUACGAUAAUGUUUUACUGCCUAGUAAACCAUGGAGAAGAAUGGCAAUGUUUUUUAUCACCCCCGUUUGCCAGUGUUUGGACACUAGAAUCUUACACGAUCCAGUAUUCUAGACAGAAUCCUACGUAGUACAUUGACGGGAAACAGAAACGGACCCGGCAAACUUUGACUCUAAAAGCCAUACGUUCCGGCAUAAUCAGAUCAACUCUACUUCAUUCCCUAAAACACAACGUUCGUCCCCGCCGUCUUCCUCAACGAUCCCGCGAUUAAACGCGUUUAACGCGAUCCCGCCAGGACGAGCACGGACGCGGAGUCACGUGGUAUCGUUCCGCGCCAGUAUCACAGAUUCCGCCAGAACUCACUUCCGAGUCAGACAACAGGCAACAACACCCCAUUUAUCAAUUCAGCAUGUCAAUACCCGCCACCGCCUGUCAGCCCGGGAUUUGGGAAAUCAAUCAGCUGGCGAACAGGAGAUGCAGGGUGGGAACUCUGUAUGACACCCGUUCGAGCCCAGUUCGCCUCUCCCCACAUGGAUUCUGCAUCCUGCUGCAAAGCGCAUGGCUCUCCUUCUGCAGUGAUUACCACCAUGAAUGGAGGAUACAAGUUGCCGGGAUCACUGUUCUGCAGAUUCUACUGCUGCCUUGAGCUUUUUAUUUUCUUCUUUCAUCCCACAAGGCACAAUCCUUUUGGAAAUGGGUAUCAUCUGCCAACCCACCCAUUAACCCGCCUUGCAAGAGCCCAGUUUAUGACAGAUACACCGUAGAGACCUACGUUGUGCUUUCUCAACCUCCCUUACGAUGCCUAUUUCAUUUCCCGCCCUCAUCUUUUGGGAUCGCGCAGGCCUUGAUUGCCUACACACGGUCUAUUUCCAAUUUCAGCAUCCCUUGCGGCAUUUAGACUGCGGCUCUACUGCAUAUGCCCUAUAUCCCCCAUACCCUAUCCAUGCUCAAAGAUCCUGCAUGACGUUGUUGCUAUGGUGGGCCCCAUUGCGCCGCUCACGGAUUGGUCAGUCAGCCUGUCGAAUAUCAAGGGAUCCCCAUGCUUGGGGGUAUGGAACCAACCAGCAUCCAGUGAAGGACGUCCAUUCAUUGACAUUAAUUUUUCCUGUACUUUUAAACUUUGCUCUUCUAUCCGGGAGAGACUAUUUAUUUCCAUUGUAUUGGGUAUAAAAUAUUUCAUGCAGCGUUCUAGCUGCUACUUGAGAAAGACCUAGUAAUCACGUUUGGCCAAACGUCAGGGAGGGCUUACUAUUUCAUUGGCCAUACAUCCAUAGUAGGAUGAUGGACAUGUUUAUCUGAGAAAUCAUGAUGCAAUACUGACGAAAGUCUGUGCUUGACCAAAUAUGAUACAUCCUACUUCUACACGAAGAUUGGCUAGCUGAAGUCUUGAUGGAGCUUUGCUCUUAUGUCCUUUGUUUCUUUCACACAGUUUUAACCAUCCUAGCACAAUUAUGCCCACGCUACCCUCUGAGGAAAAUUUUCACUACAUGAUCACAGGACGUUGAUUUGUUUACCGAUUGCGCUCCAAACCUCCGCCUCUCCUCCCCAGAGUCAUAGGGUGAACUUUUGGUUGAUGCCCAUGGGCAAGCUAUGCACCUCGGAGACACUGGAACCUGGGACACACGGAACUGCCGCUCAAGAAACUGUUUGCAGAUGAGGAAAAGCGCCGCAUACUUUGACUCCAAGCGGCCGGCACUCUUGCAUCCUCAUGUCUAUUUAUACCACCUCCCCCUUGGAUCAUGUAUUUUCAAACUCGCUCAUUUCACACACAGUUUGACCAUGAUGAAGGUAGCAAUCGCUGGGACCAGUGGGCUCGCCCAAUACAUUGCCCACUACAUCUCGACGCAAACGUACCACCAAUUUACUUCCUUUCCCGAUAUAGCAACCCAGGCCUCGCAGCGAAAGGCUGGCAAGUACUGGAAGUUGACUACAGCAAUAGCAGUAGCCUUCGAUAUGCCCUAACAGGAAUCGAUACAGUCAUCUCAACCAUAUCAGGAGAAGCCGAGAUAGCCCUCAUUGAUGCCGCCGCCCAUGUCCACGUCCGGCGCUUCGUCCCUUCAGAAUUUGAAGGCCCGCCAUCCAUGCGUCCAGCCGGUAACGUCCUAGACCGCGGAAACGAAAAUAGCCUCGCCCUCCUGCAAUACUACGAACAGUACGGUAUGCAGUACGCAGUUUUCGCCUGCGGUAUCUUCUACGAACGCUUUGCGCCAGGAGGCAUGGCAGCGUUUCAACUUGGUAAGGGUACGUAUAUAGAUGGUGAGGGGGAAUAUCUCAUGAAUAUCCGCAUGAUGAAGGCUGAGAUUCCUUAUUUUAAUGUUUUGGGGGCGCCCGUGGUCGUGUGUAUGACUUCCGCUCAGGAUUUGGCAAGGUAUAUUGUUGCAGCGCUGGAUUUGCCGCAGUGGACGACGGAGUUUAGAGUAUGUGGCCGCCGGAUGACGCUGGGUGACAUUGUAAAGGAGGCGGAGAUCAUACGAGUCAACGUCAGCCCGCAGAAGUUCCGACACUGGCUCCACGCCGCGUGGACUCCAGCAUUGCAGUAGCAUGCGCGCACUCAUUUAAAGCACUGCUGCCCCCAAGUGGAUCAUAUCUGGCACUGAUCUCAACUUCAAUGUAUUAUUUUUGAAUAUUGCUUAUUUGUCACACUUAGAUAUUUCUAAUUUUACAAAUCAGCGAUGAUUUUAUUUAAUGAUAUUUAGUCACACCCAGCUCUCACAUCGCAGGUGUUUCUUUCGCGCUUAAACCGCGACCUGUGGAUUCCCUUUGUUGCUGUUCCUUUGUUGUCUAUCGCAGGUAAUCCCAGAAGAGCGAAUACACCUUCGGGGAAAUUACCACCUGUUUAUUUAUCCCAUUCAUGAGAGGUUGGCAUUUACGAAUAAACCUUUUAGGGCUAGCCCUGAUUAUUAUUUUUCGUGCUAUGACUGUCACUUGCGGCGGUUGGAGGGUCAAGGUCAACGCAUUGAGAAAACGAAAGGGGACGAAAUCCACAGCUUGCUUUAACUUAGGAAAAUGCCUUUCUCUGCCUGAUCCCUUGUGCGCGCCAACCACCCAAUGUUUUCCCACCUUCAAAUUUUCACCCGCAAAGGAAAACUGUGCUUCCAUUUCCAAUAAGAAUAUAUAUAUAUAUAUAUUGUC